AUGGUUGGCGUCGCUCCCAUCGGAACUUCGACGGGCCAUUGCGGACUUCCUCACCUCUUCAUUCGUGGAAACUCCCAAAAUCAUGCGCGUGCCGCCGAGUGCCCCGCACUAGAUUCGGUCAAGGGGACCAGGUGA